AUGGUCGUUGCGGUGGCGAAGGCGCUCGAAGAGGGCGGCGACACCAUCGUCUGCGCCUCGACCGGCAACACCUCCGCAUCAGCGGCGGCUUACGGCGCGCGCUGCGGUCUAUCGACUGUCAUCGUCGUCCCCAGCAAAUACGUCGCGCGCGGCAAGCUUGCACAGGCGAUUACAUACGGCGCGCGAAUCAUGCUCAUCGACGGUGGCUUCGACGACGCUCUGCGCAUCGUGCGCGAACUCGCCGCGAAGCACCCUGUCGUGCUCGUUAAUUCGGUCAACCCCUACAGGCUGGAAGGACAGAAAACCGCAGCGUUCGAAAUCAUUGAGGACCUCGGCGUCGCGCCCGACCACCUUUUCAUCCCCGUAGGCAACGCUGGCAAUAUCACCGCAUAUUGGAUGGGCUUCCAGGAAGCGCACCGAAUGGAAUGGAUAGGCGCACCCCCAAAGAUGAUGGGUUUUGAAGCCGAAGGCGCAGCCGCCAUCGUAAAGGGACAUCCCAUCGAGACCCCCGACACCGUCGCCUCUGCCAUUCGCGUUGGCAACCCCGCAAGCUGGAAGAAAGCGGUUAAGGCGCGCGAUGAGUCCGGUGGCACUAUCGACUCCGUAACCGACGACGAAAUUCUGGAAGCAUACACGAUGAUGGCGCGAGAGGAAGGCAUCUUCUGCGAACCGGCAUCGGCAGCCUCUGUUGCAGGCUUGUUGAAGCUGGCUCGCGGUGGCAUGCGCCUGAACCAGAGCAAGGUCGUCUGCGUCAUCACCGGCAGCGGACUCAAAGACCCCGACACUGCCGUAACCAUCGAACCCGCAUUUAUGGACGAAUACCCCACCGACACCGGCGCUAUCGAAGCCGCCAUGGGACUCGCAUGA